UCAGUGCGUCAUGUGGCAUGCAGACUUCUGUAUUUAUGCGGGCCUAAUAACCCAUCCGAGUCUUUUGUUCGCAAACAGAUACUGAUGGCCAGUAAAACAGGGAGAAAAUGGCUUGAUUGUAAACAACCCAAACUUGCUGAUGUUUUUUUGAGGAUGGCUGUCAAUAGCCUGGAGACUCUUUACAGCAGACUAACUUCCCAUGGAGAUUGUGUAGAAGAUAUAAACACACCAAAGGGAGACAUAGAGAAAGACUUGCUGUGGAUUUUGUCUUAUCAAGCUGAAUCUGCAGUUUCUCAGGAGCAACAUCAGGAGGCAGUGUCAUGCAUGCAGCGAUGUAAAGAAAUGCUUCUCCGUCUCCCUAAAGAGACUGGAAAUCUCUCUCUCAUCUGUUACAACUUUGGGGUUGUCACUUACAGUCAGGGAAAGCAUGAAGAAAGCACAUUUUGGCUCAGCCAAAGUUAUGAUAUUGGCAAGAUGAAUGUGAAAUACUCACCUGGAUCAGAGAUGCAAGCCAAAGUCUUGAGACUACUUGCAACAGUUUAUUUGGAGUGGGACUGUCAGAAGUACCUGGAGAAAGCUAUUCAUGCUGUGAACUUGGCUAAUAAGGAGCAUAUGCAGUUGUCAGGCCUCUACCUGAAGAUUCGUAUCUUAGUGAAAAGCUGCAGCCCAGAUGAUGCAGUAAAAUCUGGGAUGUCCGAGCUACUGGACAAUGAGGUUCCUCUGGAAGUGUGCUUGAGCACAGUAAAAUUGCUUGUGAACGAGAACAGGGAGCCUCUGGCCUUUGACUUCCUGAAGAGGGUGUGUCAGCACUUUGAGUCGUCUCCUGAACUGGGCUCUGCUCUGCUCAUGCAUAUAGAGCUGCUGCUGCAGCGGGACAAAGACCUGUUGGCCAAGCAGAAGAUUGAGGAUGCUAUCACUGGACAUUACACUGGAAAACAACUACCACCACAGACUCUAUCAUCUCUCCACCUUCUGCUGUGGGAUAGAGCUUCCAAAAAUUUUGAAGCCAAUAAUUAUUCUGAAGCUCUAGAGUGGUAUAACUACUCACUGAGUUUCUACAAAGCAGGUGAGCUUGAUCACAACCUCGCUAAACUGCAAAGAAACCGAACAUCCUGUUUCCUAAACUUGCAACAACUUGACAAGGCAAAAGAGGCUGCAGAAGAGGCAGCAAGGAUUGAUCCAAACAACAUUUUUACACAGUUCAGCAUCUACAAGAUCGCUGUCAUGAUGAACAAUACAGAGAAAGCUGCUUUGGCUCUGAGAGAGAUAGGCACUCUGGCUCAGACUAAAGUCACCAUGGACAGACUGCUAGUGUCCGAGAACGCUGCAGCAAACCUCCUCAGCCUGGCAGCGCAGAUCGCCCUUGAGCACGAGCAGCAGGAAACAGCCAUCAAAGCCCUAGAGUGUGUGUGUGAACACUCACAAGAUGUUGCUCAAAUCCUCACUGCCUUGAGGUGUUUAGUACGACUUGUUCUUUCAACAAUGGAACACAUUAGUAAGGAAAACAGGAAUGCCAACUUGGAUACCCUCUUGUCGUACUUAAAGACAGCUCUACAAAAAGUGUCACAAAUCAGCCGUACACAACAAGGCCAGGCAGCAGAAGAGGCCAACUGGUUCAGGAGAAUUGCGUGGAACUCAGCCCUGCAGUGUGAGCACAGUCCUAUGAGGAUGAGGGAUUUCUUUCUGCUCUCUUUACAGCUGUCACAGCUGUGCACCCCAGACCGAGCUGUGUUGAUUGGGCAGAAGACGUGUCUGCUGAUGGCUGCUGCUGCCUCUCUGGAGAUCUGCAGGAGCUUGGAUAACACUGAGCAACAGACGGAGCUGCUGACCCAGACUCUAGAGCACAUUCAGCUCUGUAAAGAGAUCUGGAUGACCAUCAAAGCAUCAGGCUCUUCGCCUAAAGACAAAACAGACACAUUAUUGCUGCUCUACGAGUUUGAAGCCCGGGCCAAAUUAAAUGAUACCAAACUUGAAUCUGUGCUCGAAUCGGUUUUGGAGCUGGAUCACAUUGAGCCCAAGCUGUUAGAAAUGAUCGCAGCCUUGGCAAUGGAACCACCAGCCCAUUUCCCCAUUCUGUGCAAGAAGGCACUGAGGAUCACCCUGUCUCUACACAGGAAACAACCACAGGUCGACCUCACACGCUGCAGUAACUGUUUACACAGCCUGAUUCAGCUGACCCUGCCGAGCGGUGUGUCCGAGUUGCAGCCCUGCGUGUUGGAGGAAGUGUGGGGCUACUAUGAGCAAGCUCUUUCCAUCAUAGCCACUGCACCUGAGGACUAUCCAGAGCUGGAGAUCCUGUGGCUGCUGACCCGAGCGUGGAACACGGGGAUCCUGCUGUACAGUCUGGCCCAGUACCCCGAGGCGGAGAGGUGGUGCGGGCUGGGAAUGAGCUUCCUACGGUACCUGGGCUCCCUGCAGGACAGCUAUCAGACUCAGAUGGUGGGUCUGUACAGUGAGGUGUUGGGCAGGCUGGAUAAAGCAAAGAAGAAUCUCAUUAUUGAAGAAUGAAUGAUGGCAGCUUCAGUCACAGAUGGAGAGAUCUCAGGUCUAACGGCACGUGUUUAAUAUGUAGUGUGAAUUUCUGUGCAUGUUUUUGACAAGCUAAGAGCUGUACAAUGCAUCUGUAGGUUUGUUCGUAGUUACGAAAUGUUCAAAAAAAAAAUAGAUGUUUUUGUAUUCAUUUAAUCUGAAAUAUAUAUAUAAUUUUGGCAGUAUUAUUUUAUUACUGUUAUUUGUUUGAUCUGUCCUUGUUUGACUAAUUCAAGUCAAAACAACUGCAUUGUGAUACAAAAACAAAUAAAAAUGCAUGCAU